AAAUGUACAUAUAUUAUUUCGCCCCUUAUAAAGCUGUGAACAAAAAUUAGGAUGUUGCGUUUUGAUUGAUGGUGGGAGUUUUUUUCGCGAUGGCGAAAGUGCGGCGCGCGGCGUGGCCCGAGGUAAACACGCGCCGCUGCGCCGUCCCCGCGUCCUGGGGGGUUCUUUUGACCCGAAACCGGGCCUUCGCCGCUUGUGUCCGACCGUCGUGCGCGGCUCCGCUCCGGGAGCAGCAGCAGCAGCAGCAGCAGCGGCGGGAGGAGGAGGAGGAGGAGGAGGAGGGGGAUCGUCCUCGGGCCAGUCAGGCCGCUGUGAUGUUUGGGGAAUCUCUAUAACCAUGGACAGUGAACUGAACCCUCAGGAUAAGAAGGACUUGGACAAGUUCAUUAAAUUCUUUGCCCUGAAGACCGCGCAAGUGAUUGUGCAGGCGCGACUCGGAGAGAAGAUAUGCACCCACUCCUCCUCCUCUCCAACAGGCUCAGACUGGUUUAAUCUGGCAAUAAAGGAUAUCCCUGAAGUCACCCAUGAAGCCAAGAAGGCACUGGCGGGACAGCUGCCGGGAAUCGGCCGGUCAAUGUGCGUGGAAAUCUCUCUCAAGACGUCUGAGGGAGAUUCCAUGGAGCUGGAAACAUGGUGUUUGGAAAUGAAUGAGAAGUGUGACAAAGAGAUUAAAGUUUCCUACACUGUCUACAACAGACUCUCUUUGCUACUGAAGUCUCUCCUUGCAAUCACAAGAGUAACGCCUGCGUAUAAACUAUCCAGAAAUCAAGGGCACGACUACGUAAUCCUGUACAGGAUCUAUUUUGGAGAUGUGCAACUGAAUGGUCUGGGUGAAGGUUUCCAGACCGUGCGAGUUGGAACGGUCGGAACCCCUGUGGGCACAGUCACUUUGUCAUGUGCUUACCGCACCAACCUGGCUUUCAUGUCGAGCAGGCAGCUGGAGCGGACCCAGCCAAUCAUGGGGAUUAUCAUAGACCACUUUGUAGAUCGUCCCUAUGGUGGAUCUUCACCACUCCACCCAUGUAACUACAGAGUCAGCGAGGACGAUACAGGACAGUUUCCCUUUGUGGAGGACUCCCAGGAAGUCUGUACCACCUCGUUCUCCACCUCUCCUCCCUCCCAGUGUAUGUUCACUGUUAGUAAGACACAUUUUCAGACACCCAAGCCAAUGGUGACGGACACUCUGAAGGUCCCCAUGCUUGCUUUGGUCUUUUCGCAUCAAAUGGUUGUCCCCGGCAAGGAGGGAGGUAUACCUGUUCUGCCUUUGCAUCCUACCCACGGCAUUCAGGCCGAAGCUGACAGACUGACUGUCUGUCACCCAGGGGAUCUGAACCGGCACGGUCACACAUCUCCUUCUACCAGCGAUGAAGGAGAAAUGCUGACAAAGAGCGGUGAGGGGAAGAGUCGUUCACCCCAAUGUCUUCUGGAGCCCCCCUUUACCAGAAAAGUGGGGGCUUUCGUCAAUAAGCCAACCAAUCAGGUCACCGCUGCCGGUAUGGAUCUGCCAUUCGCUGUAUUUGCACCAAAGAAUGUUGAGCCGGAGGACACGGACACCAUGGUAAACCCACCCGACUCUCCCAUCGCAGAAUCCCCACUUCACGUCAGUCUUCACUCUGGCCAGUCCAGUGGGAGCAGCGGCCAUACCCAGGAGGAGUUUGUUGUGGUGGAGCUUAAGCCUGCCUUCUCCAAGGAUGACUUUCUCCCUAUGGACCUGGGCACCUUUUACAGGGAAUUUCAGAAUCCUCCUCAACUGAGCAGCCUGUCUAUAGAUAUCAGUGCCCAGUCGAUGGCUGAGGAUUUGGACUCGCUGCCCGAGAAGCUGGCCAUCUAUGAGAAGAACAUGGAGGAGUUCGAUGCCUUUGUGGACACUCUUCAGUGACCGAUUCAGUCGGUCGAUCUGGUCCCAACGGGGACUGAAAGACAUUUUCUUUUACUAUAAAUACAAUGUAUAUAUUUUUAGAGGUACAGAAUCACCUUAUUUCUAUAGAUGUUCUAUCUGCAUUCUGUAAGUACCUUUUACAGUUGUGUUCAUUGAUUUGCUGCUGUAACUGAGAAGUGGAAAUCAACCUUAAGGCAUAUUGUACACACCACUGUAAAUACCUUGUAAAGCCAAA